AUGAAAUUGGCUAUAGUUUGUGCCUUAUGGGUUUUUUUCCUUCAGCAGCAGCAGCAGGUAGAAGAAGCAGCAGCAGCAGAAGUUACGGAGGACGGAGAAGCAGCAGUGGACCUAGCAGCAGCAGAAAGCUCUGCAGCAGCAGCAACAACAGCAGCAGACGACGCAGCAAUACCCGUGACGAUUGUGCCCUCUAGAAGGGUGCCAACAGAAGCAGCAGCAGCAGCAGCAGCAGCAGCAGCAGCAGCAGCAGCAGCAGGAGAUUCAGUGCUGCCCGUGGCGACUUCGGCUUCUACAGAGGCGAGCGCCGAAGCAGCAGCAGCAGCAGCAGCAGCAGCAGCAGCAGGGGACUCUUCGCUGUCGCUUUCGCCGGGAGGUCUGGGGGGAGUGCUGUCUCUGGCGGGAGCAGCAGAAGCAGCAGGCGCUGCUGCUGCUGCUGCUGCUGCUGCUGCUGCUGCUGCCCCGGAGAAGGCGGCGGUGGCUGCUGCUGCUGCAGCAGCGCCCGCUGCGGUGUUCGCGCGCCCAGCGCCGCCGCCGCCCCCCCCCCCCC